AUGGAUGAAAUAAUAUGCUCAACGUCAACAAAUACUUCAUCUGUACCUUUCUGUGACGAAAUUAUUAAAACACUUCCGAAGAAAAAAGCUCGAGGUGGUGGUACAGCUUGUUAUUUCCCUGGUUGUAGCAAUAGUACGAGACGAAAUCCAUCCUUGUCUUUUCACAGAUUCCCUAAAGACCAAACGUUAAGAAACCCAUGGAUAGAUAGGAUUGGACGGAGUGAAUUCACGCCAAACGACCAUCAUCGUGUGUGUUCGGAACAUUUCCCUGAUGGCAAAAAGAUCUACUUCAACAACAUACCAACCGGUACCCAUGCAGAUCAAACGCCAAACCUGCUUCAUCAAAGAACAGUUCUUGCAGAACUAAGCAAUAACACAAACCAAAUUAACAUUGCAAUUGAAGUGGAUAAAGUCAACAAAGUACAAUCAAUACCGCAGAAAAAAAUAUCGAGCUAA